AUGGAAAAUGAAAAGCGCAAAAGAACAUGCUGUAUUCUAGCAAAUAUUAGAAAAUCAGCAGAAGAAAACAAAAAAAGACGCAAUAGAAAAUGGAUUGCUAUGCUAUUAAUAUUUUUAUUAUCGUUUAGUGGGUUUGUAGUAUGUUAUUAUGGAUUAGAAAACAAAUCAGAUGAACGUAUUGAAAUGGAUCAAAAAUAUUUUAAAUUGAGAGGAUGUGAUAAGACACAGAGUGACAAGAAGGUAGAUAAUGUAGCGGAGUUAAUAAAAACAAUGCCUGAGGAAAAAGAGGAAGAAAAGGAACAGUCACUAGUGAAUACUCCAAAUGAAACCAAGCAGGUGACUAGCAAAGAUAGUACAAACAGCGCCUUGCUUGAAAAUAAGAGCAAACCAAUAGGAAGUCAAGUGCUUGAUGAAGAUCUCUGUUUGGAAUGCAGCACUUCACAAACAUUACAUGGGGAAAAUGUGCAUCAAGAAGAACAAAACAUUGAACAUAGGACUGAUCUCAGAGGUACAAAAGGAAAGCUCAGGUACUUGGAUAGAUACUUUACAUUUGAGAAUUUUAUGGCAGAUCCAGUUGGAUCAAUAAAGAAGUUAGAGCACAACAACAUUUUCAAGAUGGUGUCAAUUCCCAAAAUACUAUUAAUAUUCAUAAGAAGGAGGUUGAAAACUGCUGAAAACCCUGUUAAAAAUUUUUUUGAAAAUUAUCGAUAUUGCAACAAAAGACUUAGUGCAUACAGCAAAGAAAGCAUAAAAAGAUCAUUCUUUGAGUGGGUUCAAACAAUGAAGCAUAAAAUUGAAAACAAGGAAGACAGGAUUGAGUGUGAAAGCAAAAGUUUCUUUGAUGUAGCUUUAAAGACAAUUUUAAAGGACUACUGCAAAGAUUUAUUGAUGAAAAUAUUUGUAAAUAAUAAAAAAGAAAAGCAUAAAGAACAGCAAAAAGAAGUGGAAAAGCAGAUAGAAGUGGGGACAAUAGAAAGAAGUCGAACGACCCUGAAAUGA